AUGUAGCUGUGGUUCUAGGCGAUGAUGUUGGAAUUAUGGUCCGCGCAUUUUCUGCUACUUUAGGGCCUGACGAUCAUAUAGAACAACAAAUUGAUCACUUUCAAGUGUAUGCUAAAUCUGCCGUGGUUUCCGCGUUAAAG